AGAAGAUUGGGGUUAUGUAAAAGCAAAAACUGCCUAACGUAUUAAACAAAUAAUAUUCUGAAGUGAAAAUCUUUUUUGGUUUUCUGGCACUUUUCAGUGAUAUAUUGUAAUGAGAAAAAGAAUUUAUAAUAUAAAUAAUAGCAAAUACCUACUAUGGAAUCAGUAACACCCAAUCUUAAUUCAUAUGAAUUUGUAUGGGCUAAAGUACGAGGCCAUCCAUAUUGGCCUGGUCUAGUUUUAUCUCCUGGUCCAGGAGCUGAUCUACCAGAGAAACCAGUUAGCACUGAUGAGAAAAACUAUUUUUGGGUAUGAAUUAAGGAAUGCGUGAGAACCUGUUGUUGAAGUGGGAUUAAGCUGAGAAUGUAUAUGUUAUAUUGGUAAACCAACUUAAAAUGUGCUGUGAGCAAAUAUUAGAAUGGCAAACUUUCUCACGCUUUUAUAUAAUAUUCUGAGCCAGAGUGAAAAAUUCUGUUGGACUUGUGGUUUGAAAUAAAAGGACGCGACAUCGACUAUCACAUCUAAAAUUACUGAUCUAAUUUAUUAACUGGAUAGAUGAACUGAACAUGAACACCGAAGUAUUUUUACAAGUAUAAUUCUUAUCUUAUUGAUUUACUUUUUUGGAACUCGUGAUUAUGCCUGGGUCCCAGAAAAACAAGUCAAGUCCUUCAAAAAACAUUAUGGCCAAUAUGCCACGCACAAAAGGACAAGGUUGUUCCUAAACGCAGUAAAAGAAGUAGAAACCCAUAUGCAGAUUGUAGAAAGUAAUCCUGAAUACGAAAUAGUACUAGAGAGUUUUGUCAAGAAAAGACCAAGAUCAAAGUCGCAAAAGAGAACAAGAGACGAUACGGAUCCAGGUGCAGAAGACAGACCGACUAAACACAAAGAAAUAUGGUGUGAUACAUUAAAAACUGGAAACAUUCCAGUAUCACAGCUCAAAAUAGGCGUUAUUGGCAUAGGAAAUAUAGGAAGGGUAAUUGCUGGAAAACUCGUUAAGACUGGACACACAGUGAAUGUAUGGAAUAGAACAGCUCAAAAGUCAAUUGCAUUGAGAAAGGACCUGGAUCACAAUAUCAAGCUUACAAUUCAUGAUACACCCCAAUCUCUUUUGUUGAACUCUGACACGAUAUUCAUAUGUAUAUCUGAUGAUAACGAACUGAAGAUAUUUUUUCAGAACAAUUUCAAUAUGCAUGAUCCAGAAGAAAACACAUUGCAAGAUAAGGGAAUGAUAAUAAUGACGAGUAUGGGCCCAGAAGCUGCGAAAGAUAUUAAAGAUAUGAUUGAGAAGAAAGGCGGUAGGUACUUGGAGACUUUGAUCCAGCGGAGCAGCUUAGACAAUAACCGCUUCAUAUUGCUAGCAGCUGGAGAUGAAGAGUUGUUCCAGUCAAUUGAAUCAUGUGCCAAGGCUUUUUCAACUAGUUCUGUUUUUCUGGGGGAUGCUGGGAAUGCGUGCAUUGUUUACCUGGUUUUACAACUGAUCAAAGGCGUUUGGCUAGCUGGACUUAUUGAGGGCUUUCAUCUCGCAGAGCGCUGUGGUGUCUCAUCGAAGGAUUUUGAGAAAAUCUUUCGAGAUACACUGCUUUGUAACAAUUAUAUGAAAGCUAGGCUCGAGAAAAUUAAAGGAAAACAAUUUGAUAUAUACGAACAAAGACUGGAAGAUCUACAGAGGGACAUGAAACUCGGCUUAGACUUGUCGAACGGUCUGGAUGCGGAGAACAAAGUGCUGCAACCUCUGAAUAUUUGUGCGAUGGCUCAUGAACUGUUCAAACAUUGUUGCAAAUUGGAGUAUGGUGGAUUGGAUGCGGCCGCUCUUUACUAUAGAAAUAAACAUUAGACAGGUUUUCAUUUAUGCACAUCCAUUACAAAAAGUCAUAUAUAAUAAUGCUGUCAGCUUGAAAAACUCGAUAACAAGGAACGUUUGAGUGUUUUAUUCUGCAUAAAAUCUUCGGUUUACAUUUUGACUAGGUUCGUUUGGCCUUCGUUUUGUUCAAUGGUUAGUUAUGUACUCUACAAGGUUUAAUCCAGCAUCGCUUCUUUCCUGUAUAAAUUAUACUUGCGUUAAGACAGAUUUUUAGCAUUGUUCUUAUUUUCUCAAAAAGUAUUAUUUACAAAUUUACAUUAAUGAGAGUAAUGCUAUCAAUUUGAAAAAACUCAAUAACAAGGAACGGUCAAUUGUUUAAUUCUGCAUAAAAUCUUGAAUUUACAUUUUGACUAGGUACUUUUGACUUUCGUUUUAUUCAAUGGUUAGUUAUGUACAAGGUUUAAUUCAGUAUCGCUUCUUUCCUGUAUAAAUUCUACUUGCUUUAAAACAGAUUUUUAGCGUUGUUCUUAUUUUUUCAAAAAGUAUUUUUUUACAAAUUUAUAUGAAUGAGAAUAAUGCUGUCAACUUGAAGAAACUCGAUAACAAGGAACGUUUGAGUGUUUAAUUCUGCAUAAAAUCUUUGGUUUACAUUUUGACUAGGUUCUUUUGGCCUUUGUUUUGUUCAAUGGUUAGUUAUAUACUCUGCAAGGUUUAAUCCAACAUCGCUUCUUUCCUGUAUAAAUUGAGGAGCGAUCAGCCAAAACCAGAUAAAUCCAUUUCAUAAAGUUUCGAGAUAAUGGCAAAAAACCGUCCAUUAGGGCGUCCGUAAAUUUAACCAAGAAAAUAAAUGGUGUAUCUGAAAUAUAUGGUGAUAUAGACCUCUUAAAUACUGCUUUUGUUUUUUUUUUAUGAUUAACAUAGUAAUUAUUGCAAAUUACAAAAUGGAUUUAUCUGUUUUUGCUUGAGUUAACUAACUUUAUAAUGUAAAAAGUAUUUAUUUUAAUAUAAAUAUGUUUAAUAGCAAAUCUUUUACGUUAAUAAGGC